AGCUCCUAGCCGUGCCGAGAGUUUGACAUUAGCCACUCGCGCGCACGACCGCGCGCCACCAUGUCGAGCCCACCACCUCCGGACGCCGCCGGGACGCCUCCCGUGACUCCACCUCCUCCCGGAGGAUCGCCUCCGGUGACCCCACCUCCUCCGGACGCCGGCUCGACGCCUCCGGUGUCUCCACCUCCUCCGGACGCCGGCGCCACGCCUCCGGUGACUCCAUCUCCUCCUCCCCCAGACGCGACGCCUCCGGUGACCCCUCCUCCGGUGACGCCAUCUCCUCCGCCUCCGGUGACCCCAUCUCCUCCUCCUCCGGUAGCGGUGCCCCCGGUGACGCCGCCUACGCCGGUAUUUUCUCCCCCACCACCUGCACCAGCACCAAGGCCGGCGCCAACGCCAGCGCCGGUAACACCGUCCCCGUCGCCACCUCCACCAACCCCAACGCCAACGCCCGUAACACCGUCCCCGUCGCCACCCCCACCAAGCCCAACGCCCACGCCAACACCAACACCGGUGACGCCGUCACCUCCUCCGCCGCGCAGACCGCCGCCAUCGGCAUCCCCGCCUCCCCCGGCGAGCGUGCCAGGCUCAUCUCCCCCGCCGCCUGGCGUCAACCGCUCGCCGCCACCACCCAACAACGUGCCGGCUUCGCCGUCGCCUCCGCCGUCUCCUCUAACGCUGUCUCCGCCUCCGCCGCCGGAUUCUUCAGCGGGCGCGGCGCCGACGACGUCGGGCAAGUCGUCGUCUAGCACCGCGGUGGGCGUGGGCGUGGCCGUCGGCGCCGUGGUCCUGCUCGGCCUCGCGGCCGUGCUCAUCUUCUGCGUCGUGUCCAAGCGCCGCCGCCGCCGCCGUAGGGUGCCGCCGCUAGGGACCCCAGCGGAUUUCUUCUACGACCCGAGGCAGCCGACGACGCCGCUGCAGCAUUCGCACGCGCUGUCGACGACGCCCUCGUCGACGCCGCCGCUGAUGCAGUCCUGGCAGAGCGGCGGCGGCACGCCCGGGUCGCCGCUGCCGGCCCUGACGGGCGGCACGUUCGGGUACGACGAGCUGGCGGCCGCGACGGACAGGUUCUCGGAGGCGAAUCUGCUUGGAGAGGGCGGGUUCGGGCAUGUGUACAAGGGCACUGUGCGCGGGCAGGAGGUGGCCAUCAAGAAGCUGCGCGCCGGCAGCGGGCAGGGCCACAAGGAGUUCCGGGCCGAGGUGGACAUCAUCAGCCGCGUGCACCACAAGAAUCUGGUCUCCCUCGUCGGCUUCUGCAUCCACGCCGAGCAGCGCCUCCUCGUCUACGAGUACGUCCCCAACAAGACGCUCGAGUCCCAGCUGCAUCAUGGGAGCAGCCGCGCAACGCUAGAUUGGCCCCGGCGGUGGAAGAUCGCGGUCGGCUCGGCGAAGGGCCUCGCGUAUCUGCACGAGGACUGUCACCCCAAGAUUAUCCAUCGCGAUAUCAAGGCAGCCAACAUCCUCCUGGAUUACAACUACGAGCCCAAGGUUGCAGAUUUUGGGCUGGCAAAAUGCCAGGAAUUAGAACAGACUGCUGUUGAAACGCGCAUAAUGGGGACUUUUGGAUAUCUGGCUCCGGAAUAUGCUGCCACCGGCAAAGUCUCCGACCGGUCAGACGUCUUCUCCUUCGGCGUAAUGCUUCUGGAGCUGAUCACCGGAAGGAAACCUAUCAUGGAAUCUUCGGAUCACCAGCCUGAAACAUUGGUUUCUUGGGCGAAGCCCUUGCUGACGAAGGCAGCGGAGGAGGAAAACUACGAGGAGCUGAUCGACCCGAGGCUGGAGACCAACUACGACGCCUACGACAUGGCGCGGCUCAUCGCGUGCGCCGCCGCCGCUGUUCGACAAACUGCGAGGUCUCGCCCGCGGAUGACCCAGAUCGUCCGGUACCUGGAGGGCGAGCUGUCGGCGGAGGACCUGAACGGCGGCAUGGCGCCAGGCCAGAGCGCGAUGCAUCGGUCGUCAGGGGGCGCCAACACGGACGAGAUGAGGCGGCUGAGGAAGAUGGCGUUCGGCCCGGGGAGUGGCACGGUCGGUGGCACCAUCAGCGAGUAUGCCAGCAGCGAGCAGAGCGCGCCGACCAGCGAGUACGGGCUGAACCCGUCCAGCGAGUACACGGCCAGCAGCGCGGCAACCACGGAGGACAUGACAGACGCCCCAUACAGAACUGGGAGCGGCGAGGCUAGACCCGGAACUACGGAGCGGUUAAGCCGGCGCACCACCGCCAGCAGGCAGGUCGGACGGCCGAGCCGAGGGUGAUGACCAGGGCCUGGUGAUGACCGAUGAGACGCCGGAAUUUUCGUAAAGUUUACGAGCCAAUGAUAAAAGAAAAUCGUUGCUCGUGUACAUACCUGAUGCUGCCACUGAGAUUUCGUUCCCCUUUCUUUCUUUCCGUGUUUGUUCUUCGGUUUUCAGAUUCAUGUGAUUUGUUUUGGGUGGUGGAAGUUGUAAUUAACCACUCAUCGGAUGAAUAAAACGUAAAUACAGUAGGUGUUAAAAGUUCUUUUUUCA